AUGGGCAAAUCCAUGCGUCUGACGUUUAAGGGCGAUAAGUCGAACCGCAAACGCACUGCACAAAAAUGUGAUGGCGAUAUAUCUAAGCGCCCCGCCUACACCACAGCUAACGACUCGGACGCUGAAAUGUACGGCGGCGAUGACCAAGCGUGGGUCCCGGUAGAGACUCCCUAUGAAAUCACUGGACCAUGUUUUUUGUACCAGACGAACGAGGGCACAGCGACCGCUUUGUUUUUUAACGCACCACUUGGCCAACCGGAAACGACGACCGUGACUGCCCCCGAGCUUCCCGUAGAUCUUGCUAUCGACGGUGCAACCUUUGCUGGUGCAGAGAUUACACCACAAGAUGUACAUCAAGUAUGGGUUGCGCAUCGAGUUGCUGAAACGGACAAGUGGACGCUGAAAAGUGCACAAGGCACGUUCCUUGGGUGCGACCAAUUUGGUUCUGUCAUUGCAUUUAGCGAGGCGCGCGGUCCUCAGGAGGAAUGGGCGGUGAAAAUGGUGGAGCCCGCGGCACCGGGAAUAGAGCUUGGUUCAUCCACUGUGCGCGGGGCGCGCCGUGGUAUCGCGCUUCAAUCUACGUACGGCGGGUGGCUGACACUGGAACCAAAACAGGACGGUGCUAAGCGUCAUACGCUGCGAGCAGAUGAUAAGGAGCUGCAGCCAAGUUCGAUUUGGGAUGCGCGUGUUCAGUGGAAGUACCGGCAUGAGGUGCGGCGCAGUGCGCGACCUGCACAUCAGCGUGGAGCGGCAUUGGAGCAUGUGAGUAUCGACACGGAAGUCCAUUUGAUCCGUUCGAGGCAGGCAUGGAAUGCAGGUGGCCGAGCGCUGGACACGGUAGGCUCCCGCCGUGCUCUGGAAAAAGCACAGCGCGAAGGUCGACUUAGUGAAGCGAUGCUUGAUCGCCGCAUGAAAUUGAAAAGUGACAAGUUUGCAUAA